AUUUGGUCAAAGGUAGCUGCAAAUAUAUCGAAACACGUGUCUUUAUAUUUUUCAAAGCUUUGAAUUAGUAGCUACUGAUUGUAAUUAAGACUUUUCACUCCAAUCUGUGUUUUGCUUUGUUAAUUUUCCUAUCAAUAAAAUCUAUAUCCUUGGUCAAAAUCUGAAGUAAGUUGUGGUGUUUUAAUUUUCCUUUUGCCUUAUAUUGGUCGGUGCUCCCGGUGUCCUCUUUUCUGAAAACUAAAACAGAAUGAUGCGUGACAUCAUGAAGUAGUUUUCGAAAUUUAAACUUAAUUCUGUGGCGCACACCUCACAAGACUCUCUGUUGCAGGCCCCGCUUUUGCUUCCCGUCCUGGAGGCUGUGGACGUCGCGGACGCGGACUUCUUCCUGCUCGCGCCGGCUCCGACACACUCGCCCAGCUCCUCAAGCGUGUCUCUGUUGCAGGCUCAGCUCCCAUUGCCGGGUCCUCCCCGGGCUGAGCAGCGAUAGACUCUAAGCAGCGGCGCCCCCGUCCUGCAUGUGCACGUCGUGUCGGUGGUGGGGCGGUCCUCGGUGCAGGCGGUCCCGGCGAGCUCUAACGCGGUGGUGUUAAUGUCGGCAGGUGCGCGGCCCAGGGCACCACCAGGACGAGAGGCGGCCGACUGGAGGGACACGGAGAUGAAGGACGAGCAGUGCGGUGUCGAGCACGGCGAUAAUCCACUAGGACUUGAAUUUGAAGACUGUAUGCCGGACCCGAAUACCAACGCAAAGCAGCGCGUUGUCGAGCACGGCGAUGAUCUACCAGGACUCGACUUUGCCGACUGUAUGCCGGACCCGAAGAUCAAUGCAGAACCGUGCGUCAUUGAUCCUCUCGGACGAGAGGUGGCCGACUGGAAGCUGGAUGCGGAGGGUCAAAGGGUUAUGGUCACCAGGGGCUACCCGCUCCGAGGCCGCCGCAAGGAGGACUCUGAGGACUUUGCGGAGGCCCUGGUUGUCGUCGCCGACGCGGCGCACCCUCAACCCUCACCGCGCCCUGACUUGGCGUCCAGUGACCAACCCAGAGACGUGCUGCUGGGCGAUGACGUCGUCCAGACGCACAUGCAUGGCGAAGGUCGGAACGAUCCGACUCGAAGCGGUCAAUGUGAAAAAAGUCCAAGCACCAGUAGCUCAAUGAAGAGAGUGUCAGGUAAUAACCCGGUUGCUAGCCCUAAAGGUAAGAACUGCGGCAAAACUUUCAUUUCAAAGUCACAACUCGGAAAACAUGUACGUGUACACACUAAUAAGAGGCCAUUCAAAUGUGGACGGUGUGAGCAGAGUUUUACUCAAAGAGGAAACUUGACGGCGCACAUCAGAACCCAUACAGGCGAGAAACCCUAUGUGUGCGACUUCUGCAAGCAGAGUUUUUCUCAAAAAUGUAACCUUGUUGCACACAUCAGGACACAUACUGGUGAGAAGCCUUAUCGGUGCGAUUUCUGCAAGCAACGUUUUUCUGAUAAAAGUACCCUUGUUCAGCACAUCAGGACUCAUACUGGAGAGAAGCCGUACAAGUGUGAUCAGUGCGAGAAAUGUUUUGCUCAGUCUGGUACUCGCGAUAGACACGUCCAAUCCCAACACUCGGCGCCCCCGUCCUGCAUGUGCACGUUGUGUCGGUGGUGGGGCGGUCCUCGGUGUUGGCGGUCCGCGGUCCCGGUGAGCUCUAACGCGGUGCUGUUCCUGUCGGCAGGUGCGUGGCCCGGGACACCGCCAGGACGAGAGGCGGCCGACUGGAGGGACCCGGAGAUGAAGAACGAGCCGUGCGGGGUCGAGCACGGCGAUGAGCCACCAGGACUAGAGGUUGUCGACUGGAAGCCGGACACAGAGGUCAAGGCCGAGCCAUGUGGUGUCGAGCACGGUCAUGAUCGAGCAGGACGAGAGGUGGCCAACGAGAAGCAGCACCCGGAGAUGAAGGCCGAACCGUGUGGUGUCGAGCACGGCGAUGACUCCGCCGAUGUCCGGGACGAGCAGCUGGGGCUGCUAGUCACCGAGAGCUACUCGCUCCGCGGCCACCAGGACGGCAACUCUGACAACCUCGCCGAGGCUCUGGAGGUCGUCGCCGACGAUGUGCACCCUCAACAAACUUUGCGCGCCGAGCUCGCGUCUAAUGACAACGACAGUGACGUGCUUGGCGAUGACGUCGACCAGACCUACCUGCAAGGCAAACCAGGUCAGAGCGAUCAGACUCACGGUGGCAAAUGUGAAGCGACUUCAAGCAGUAAGAACUCGAUUAAGAGAGAGUCGCGUAAUCUCCCCGUUGCGGGCCUAAAGUGUAGAUACUGCAGCAAAACGUUGAUUUCGAAGACUAAACUGAAAAGUCAUCUACGUGUACACACCGGCGAGAAGCCAUUCAAGUGUGCAACGUGUGAGCAGUGCUUUACCCACAAACACGACUUGACUAGGCACAUCAGAACCCACACAGGCGAGAAACCCUAUGUGUGCGGCUUCUGCAAGCAUCGUACUGCUGAUAGAAGUUCCCUUGUUAAGCACAUUAGGACACAUACUGGUGAGAAGCCUUAUCGGUGCGACUUCUGCAAGCAACGUUUUGCUGUUAAAAGUGUCCUUGUUCAGCACAUCAGGACACAUACUGGUGAAAAGCCAUACAAGUGUGAUCAAUGUGAAAAAAGUUUUACUCGUCGAGGUAGUCACACUAAACACGUCCAAACCCAACACACUUAAAAUCGAACGGCAGAUUAAUUUAUAAACUUAUUUUUUUUCGUCAAAGUUAAUGUUGUUAGCAUUGUUUUGUGAAAGGUAGCAUAACUGCAAAUAUUUCGAAAUACAUGUCUUUGUAUUUUUCCUAAGCUUUGAAUUAGUAGCUAUUGAUUGUAAUUAAACCUUUUCACUCCAAACCGUGUUUUGCUUUGUUAAUUUUCUUAUUAAUAAAAUGGAUAUCGUUGGCCAAAAUCUGAACUAA